UGAACUCCUUUAGAAAGAAAACAGAAAUAAAAUCCCUGAUUGAUAAGGUUAUUCUGCGUAACCCUUAGGUUAUACAUGCACAGGGUAUAAGAUUGAGAUUUCAAAGCAUAUAUACCUGCCAAAAGCAUUGUCGUCCAAACUAAGAAAGCUUAAAAUAUUCGACCUGAACUUCCCACAUUAGUUCAACUUUUUAAAUAUCGAAAAUAUCACCAAGUUCACCUAUAAACUUUAUAUACAUAUAUACAUUUGCCAAUCUACAAAACUCACGUUUACGCAAAACUUAAUCGGUUAAUCCGGUGAAAGCUUCAAUUGCAGCCCAAUGCCGAUACUCUUCCCAAAGAUUUUGAUCACUCUAUUCUUCUUGCUGUUAGUAUCACCUAAUUCAGAUGCACAGUUUGAGGACUAUUGCAUAGCAGACGAGCAAACCCCCGAUGAUGAGCUGUCGGCAGCUAUGAAGUGGGCUUGUGGCAAUGGGGCUGAUUGCCGUCCGAUCCAAGAAAGUCAGCCGUGCUAUCUGCCCAACACGCUAAAGGAUCACGCGUCUUAUGCAUUUAAUAGUUACUAUCAGAAUAUGAAGCACAAAGGAGGAAGUUGCUAUUUCAAUGCGGCUGCUCUUUUAUCUUCUCUCAAUCCUAGCCAUGACUCAUGCAAGUUUGACAAUCUCCCCUGAACCUGUUACGCGUCAAGAUCCUCACUCAAUGAUCUUCUCAACAUUUUAUUGCUAUACGAACCAGAUAAUUUUUGCAUUUCAAAUUACAUCACAUAAAAUAUGAUGCAAAUUUGCAAUUGCUAAUACCAUUUUUAAUUUUUAUUAUUCUAAACAUUUUGAGUAGUUUGUGAUUGGAAAAUUAGACCCUGAAUUACCCGAAUAUUUAUUUUCAACAACGUAUUUGAGGUUGACUUCAACGUCAUAUGCUAACGCCAAGUUAAGUUCCCUACAAUUAUAUGCUUAAUAUGUAAUAAUGUCACAAAAUCUACUAUGCAAUCGUUAUAUAUGGUGAUUCCUUGUCGAUGGACCUUGCGAAUUAUUUACUAAAACAGUGUGCAUUUGUAUUUUGUGCUAUCAUCUGGAAUGAAAUCCCCUUAAUCACUUUA